AUGUCCCCCCGCCCGCGCCUGCCCGCGCUGCUGGGCCCCUCCCUGCCCGGCCCGGGGGUCCCCCGGGCUCCCCCGGCCCCCGCUGCUGCCCCUCCCCCGGCCCGCACCCCGCACCCCCCGCGGGGCGCCCCGGAACCCGCGCGCCUCCGGGGUCUGGCCGAGAUGCCGGGGCCGAGCUCCGCCGCCUUCAUCUUCGAGCUGCUGUGCCGGGGGGGCGUGCGGAGGCUGCACGAGAUGCAGGUGCACGGCCGGGCCCGGUUCGGGCCGCUCUGGAAGGCUCGGUUCGGCCCGGUGCUCACGGUGCACGUGGCCGAGCCCGCGCUGGUGGCGCAGGUGCUGCGGCAGGAGGGGCCCGAGCCCCGCCGCGCCCUCAGCUGCCCCUGGAAGGAGCACCGGAGCCUGCGGGGGGUCCCGGGGGGGCUCCUCACGCUGGAGGGCGAGGCGUGGCGCGGGUCCCGGCGGGUCCUGGCGCGGGGGCUGCUGCGCCCGGGGGCGGCCGAGACCUUCGCCGGCCCGGUGGCCACGGCGGUGGCCGAGCUGGUGGCACGGCUGCAGCGGCUGCAGCGGCAGCACCCGCGGGGGAUCGUGCCCGACAUCGGCACCGAGUUCAACCGCUUCGGCCUCGAGGCCAUCUCCUGGGUGCUGUUCUCCUCCCGCCUGGGCUGCCUGGGCGACGCCGGCGAAGCCACCGCGGCCACCGAGGGUGUGAUCCGCUGCGUGGGGGCGGUGCUGGCACUGACGCUGGUGACAAUGGCACUGCCCCGUCCCCUCCUGCGCCUCUUCCCUGCGCCCUGGGACGCCUUCUGCCACGCGUGGGACCAGCUCUUCGCCUUCGCCAAGGGACACGUGGACCGGCGCGUGGCCGCGGUGGCCGCGCGGGGGCCGCUGGCCGAGGGGGACACGUGUGUCACCGACCUGCUGGCCCGGGAGCGCGUCCCCGCCAGCAGCAUCUACGGGAACGUCACCGAGCUGCUGCUGGCCGGGGUGGACACGGUGGCCAGCACGCUGGCCUGGAGCCUGUACGAGCUGGCACGGAACCCGGGGGCACAGGCGGCCCUGCACCGAGAGCUGGUGGCCGCCACCGCCACCAGCAGGGACAGCGGCGGUGACAGCGCCACCACCGGCAGCGCCACCGCCGCUGCCACCGCCACGGCCCUGGCGCGGCUGCCACUGCUGCGCGCCGUGGUGAAGGAAACCCUCAGGCUGUACCCCGUCAUCCCGGCCAACGCCCGCGUCGUCUCCAACUGCGACAUCCGCGUCGGCGACUACCUGGUGCCACGCCAGACCCUCAUCACCCUGUGCCACUACGCCACGUCCCGCGACAGCCGCUCCUUCCCCGCGCCCGACGCGUUCCGCCCCGAGCGCUGGCUGCGGCCCAGGGACAGCGGGGACACCGCUGGGGACACAGCUGGGGACAGCCCUGGGGACACCGCUGGGGACAGCCCUGGGGACAGCCCCAGGCACCCCUUUGCCUCGCUGCCCUUCGGCCUCGGCCCGCGCAGCUGCGUCGGGCGCCGCUUGGCCGAGCUGCAGCUGCACAUGGCGCUGGCACAGAUCCUGCUGCGCUUCGAGGUGCGCCCAGAGCCCGGGGGGGGCCGGGUGCGCCCCAUGACCCGCACGCUGCUGGCCCCCGGAGCCCCCAUCAGCCUGCGCUUCCUGCGGCGGUGACAGCGGGACAGGGGGAC